AUUCUCCUGAUAAAAAGAGGGAGAGCUGAUUUGAUGACAGAAAAGUGCAGCAGUCACACCGCAUCCUUCUUCAGCUGGAAGCUGCAGUAGAUGUUUUGGGCCAUGGACAUCUCCAUCAGUUAAAGGUACGGAUAAAGAAAUGAGGCACUUUCCCGACAGUAAGUUCGUAACAAUAUGCCAAGACGAAGAAACCUUCUCACUGCAAUCCUCAUUGCUUUACCCUGGACCAUACUGCUGACCAUCUGGCACCAGAACUCAGGGGUCUUCUACCUUGCCAUUCAGAGAAAGGAGCCUGACAAUGGAACUAAAAGGAUACUCACCAACAGCUCUCAAAACAAAGAGGAACAAAGUGUCUGUGUCCACCAGGAAGCAAUGCUUACUCAGCAGAUCAUCAAACUGGAAUACAUAUACAUCAGACCUCCCCAGUGGUCUCAGUCCUUACCAACCAUCCACGUCAUAACACCGACCUAUACGAGACCAGUUCAGAAAGCAGAGCUGACCAGGCUAGCUAACACUUUCCUCCAUGUACAGAACCUGCACUGGAUCGUUGUUGAGGACUCUCCCCGCAGGACCGGUUUAGUAGCACUGCUGCUGGAAAAGAGUGGACUGAACUUCACCCACCUGAACAUCCAAAGCCCAAAAAGUGUUAAGAUGGGCCUCAGUAAAUCAUCUUCUCGCACGCCAAGGGGCACUCUGCAAAGAAAUUUGGGUCUGCGUUGGUUGAGAGACAAAUUGAACCCUAAUGAAUCAUCAGAGGGCGUGGUUUACUUUGCUGAUGAUGACAACACUUACAGUUUGGAACUCUUUGAGGAGAUGCGAUUCACAAAAAAGGUUUCAGUAUGGCCUGUAGCUUUCGUUGGUGGACUGCUAUACGAGUCUCCCAAAGUGAACAAUGCAGGAAAAGUCAUCGGUUGGAAAACUGUUUUUGACCCAAAUAGACCUUUUGCUAUCGAUAUGGCAGGAUUUGCAAUCAAUGUUAAGUUGAUACUCAUGAAACCUUCAGCCAACUUUCAGCUGUAUGGAGUCAAGGGAGGAUACCAGGAAACCAGCUUGUUGCGGGAACUCAUAACUUUAAAAGAGCUGGAACCUAAAGCUUCAAAUUGCACUAAAAUCCUUGUGUGGCACACACGGACCGAAAAACCAGUUCUGAUAAAUGAAGGAAAGAAUGGAUUCACUGAUCCAAGAGUGGAGGUGUGAACUGCACUGAGAUGGGAGGCAUUUUCUAACAAACAGAGACAGAUAAAGAAAAAUGGAAGGUGAAAAGAGAC